CGCGCACGCGCGCGGAGAAUCGGGGGACCGGACGGUCCCGCUAGUUGCUACAGCAGCGCGCGGCGUCGGUUGACUACACGGCAAAGAUGGAGGACUUCGCGGAUCCUGAGAUGCCUUCUGGUGAGGAACUUGCACCUUGCAGAAUCUGUGGACGACGUUUUUUUCCUAAAGUGCUUCAAAAGCAUGUGCCCAUUUGCCAAAAGGCUGCCACUAAGAAGAGGAAAGUAUUUGAUUCCAGCAGGCAACGAGCGGAAGGAACGGACAUUUCCACGCUCAAGCCUUUAAAACCAAAGUUAAACAGUACAUUCAGCACUUCUAAGUCUGAUAAACCUGAACCACCUAAGAAACAGUCUAACUGGCGGAGGAAACAUGAGGAAUUCAUUGCCACAAUCCGCGCUGCAAAGGGGCUGAGCCAAGUAAUGAAGGAUGGAGGUCCUCUUCCUCCUCCUCCACCUCCGUCUUUUGACCCAGAUUACAUCCAGUGUCCCUACUGUCAGAGGAGGUUCAAUGAGAAUGCUGCAGAAAGACACAUCAAGUUUUGCAAAGAGCAAGCAGCACGCAUUCCCAACAAGGGUAAGGUUGCAGGAGAUACAAAAGGGAAGCCUCCAGCAAGGACUCAGUAUAAGCCUCCCCCAGUAAAGAAGACAAACUCUCCAGCAGUGUCAGUGGUAUCUUCAGCAUCACGGUUGCCACAACGUUCCACCCUCGGACAGCCUACUGGAGGAACUCAAGCCAGCAAGCCCCCCCCUGCUGGGUCUGUGAAGAGCGCCUCUUCAGGUUAUUCCUUGCCUCGGACCAAUCCCUCAGGCCUGACUAGCCCUCCAUCUGGUUUGAAGCCCAGGACACCUACAUCCCCAGGGUCCUUGAAAAACACAUAUUCAGCAGCAGGAAUGAACAAAAGGAAAGUCAGUAAUGCUGACAGCAACAUUUCAAGGAAUGACUCCAAAAAUGCAGUGGAAGUAGACCACCCCACAGGUCAACAGACCAAGUUUUGUCAUGAGUGUGGAACCAAGUUCCCUGUGGAGUCAGCUAAGUUUUGCUGUGAGUGUGGGGUGAGGAGGAUGUGCAUUUAACCAUGAAUGAAGCAAACAUAAAGGUCACAUGGGUCAAUUAGCAAAAAGAAAGCUAUGCUGAAUUUCCCUCAAUAUCAGCUCCAGAAAACCACAAAAUCUACCCUAAUAGUAUACACUGGCUUCUCAUGUCACAAAUGGAGUUAAUUUUCAAAGAUAUAGUUGAUAUCCCAGUUUAGUCAUUUAUUUUUAAUUUUGUUCCCUGCAGCUGAUUUGCUAAAAUUUGUACUUGCAGAGUGAAUGCAACCUCUAUUUGCAUGCCCAGGCAGUUUUGUUAAAACAACUACACAGAAUUAAGAGUGUAGGGCCUCCUUAACCACUUCCAUAGUGUUUAAAGCUUAUCUUGGUGUUGGUGAGUGUAGAUGAACAAUAACAAGAAGACAAACAUUGCCUAUAUAUAUGCAGAGAAUCAGUGAACAGUGUGGAUGUAAUAGGAAUUUGUCGAGACAAAGUAUUGUUUAAUGUAGCUCAGUUAAUAAAGUAUGUUUCUUAUGGUGAUGGUUCAGGUCUUUAAAGAAUCUUACCCACAACUAAAGAAAGGGAAAUCUGUGUCACUAAGCUUUUUCUGCUCCUUGUUUAAUGGUAGAGGUGACUAUGGAGUUACAAAAAAACUCAUUAGAUUCGCAGUUGUUUUCAUGAAGAUGAGGAGCCACUGUAUGAACAUUUUAAUAGAUUGCCAUUUCUUUGAGCAUCAUUUUCCAUCAAUUUCAUUUACCACAAAUGUAUGUAUGCAUUUCUUUUUUUAAAGUGCAAUAUAAUGGACUUCUGAUUACAAAAUGAAUAUAUACUGGUUUCUUGGAGAAUUUUGUUUAAACAUGUAUGGAUUUAAAUUCUUAUUUAAGGAACCAUAUUUAUUUUGCAAU